AUGCAAGAAACAAAUAUCUCCAGUGUGCAGGAAUUUAUCCUCCUGGGAUUCCCUGGAUCUCAUAACCUGCAGAUAUCCCUUUUCAUGCUUUUCUUCUUCAUGUACAUUCUCACAAUCACAGGAAAUAUGGCCAUUAUAGCUUUAGUGAAGUCCAGACGACAGCUACAUACUCCCAUGUACUUCUUCCUUUGCAAUCUUUCCUUCCUGGAGAUAUGGUAUACAACAGCCUGUAUUCCAAAAACUUUAGCAAUCAUCAUGUCUCGGCACAAAACCAUCAGUUUCAUAGGGUGUGUCACCCAAAUGUACAUUGUUUUCUCCCUGGGAUUCACAGAAUAUUUUCUGCUUACUGCCAUGGCCUAUGACCGUUAUCUAGCCAUAUGCCAUCCCUUGCACUACAACACGAUCAUGUCCAAAACUGUGUGUGUCCAAUUGGCCCUUGGAUCUUGGAUUUGUGGAUUCUUGGGUAUUGCCUUGCCAGCCUAUCUUAUUACCCAGUUGUCUUUCUGUGACUCCAAUGCUAUUAAUCAUUUCUUUUGUGACAUUGUGCCUUGGAUUGUUCUUUCCUGUACUGACACUUACACAGUGGAAAUUGUGUGGUUUAUAAUGGCUGGUAUUGUCAUGACAGGCUCAUGUUUAAUAACCUUGAUAUCUUACAUUUAUAUCAUCACCACUAUAUUAAAAAUGGCAUCAGCUCAAGGACGUCAACGGGCUUUUUCCACUUGUUCGUCCCAUCUCAUGGUGGUGAUUAUUUGGUAUGGAUCUACCAUUUUCCUGCACGUCACACCAGCCAAACAUCAGUCAUUAGAACUGACUAAAAGGGUCACCAUCUUAAAUACCAUGGUCACACCCUUGUUGAAUCCAUUUAUUUACACCCUCAGGAAUAGGGAGGUGAAAGAAGCUUUGAGGAGCAUAUUCAGAGACAAAAAAUGA